AAGGCCGAGGUCCAGGAUGAACUCCUACUUAGAUUAUCCUGUGUGCAACAGGGGGGCAAAUAUAUUCAGUGCCAAGGCCGGAUAUCACAAUUUAAACCAUGGAUACAUGUCGUCCAACUCGUGCGCAACAAGUGAUAGUUACGCACCGGACGGGCGCUUAGUUGCAGCAACUUCUGCGCCCCACCAGACACCGAGCCUCCCUCUGCACCAUCAAACACACGUCAACUUGGACCUGCAGUUUUCAACACCAGGGAACUCCAUGUAUGGGUCACCACUGGAGUACGGGCACCACCAGUACGGCCUUGCUCCCGAGCAGGACCGGAACUUCAUUCAUGCGCAAGUUUCACCCCUUGGAACAAAUAUGGCCCCUUACACCGGGGACAGUUGUGGGUCUGGAGUCGCAACGGGCAGCCAGUAUCUGCAUUUUGGCACCGGAGACCAGAGGCAGCAAGAAUAUGCAGAGAGUGUUUACACAAGGCUACCGCCCAAAAAUAAGGAGAGGGAUUUGGAGCAUGUGGAGGAAGUGUCUCAAACAUUCGACUGGAUGAAAGUGAAGAGGAAUCCUCCGAAAACAGCCGUUCUGUCCGAGUACGGUGUUCCUGGCCAGCACAACGUGAUCCGCACCAACUUCACCACCAAGCAGCUGACCGAGCUGGAGAAAGAGUUCCACUUCAACAAAUACCUGACGCGGGCACGGCGGGUGGAAAUCGCCGCCAGUCUGGAGCUCAACGAGACGCAGGUCAAAAUUUGGUUUCAGAACCGCAGGAUGAAACAAAAGAAACGCGAGAAACUCGGCUGCGCGUUGGUCAACGCUCCCGCACCUGUGGAGAAACUCUCCGGCCCUGACAACUCUCCAAACGAAAAAGGCAAAGACCCUGAACCAUAAUGACUCUUAAUAGAAAAUAUUAUAUAUAUAUAAUGACUGUGAGGCCCUGAGCAGUUUUGCUUCAGAAAAACAAAACUGUGAAAAUGGACUUGUGUGUCUUGAAUACACACACAUGCCAUGUCUGUGUCUGCUGGUGUGCUUAAAGGGCAUUGUUUUGACAUUGAAUGCUGGGAAUUUUUUGUUUAAAAUGUCUUUUCAUCCAUUCUUGUAUUUUGUAAUCCUCCUAUCAUGAUUGUGUUUUUGUGUUGGAGCACUGAAAUUCUCAGUGUCAAUGUUUGCACUAUUUAUUUACAGGGUAUUUUCCAACAAAUGAUGAGAUGAUCUAGCUUAUCAAAGUGUAUAAAAUAAAAUGAAAAAAAUGUUUGCUUUGUAUGUUAAAAAAGAAAUGCUGAUACAGAAUUUACUCCCACUGACAGUCUCUUCCUCUAAUUGUUGAAUUUCAUAGGUCUUAAAUAAAUUGUUCCGAAUCUUAAA